AUGGCUCUAUUUAAGAGGUUUCGGAAGUCUUCUAGUGGAUCUUUGGCAGGUAAUGGCGAAAAAAAGCUCUCAAAUAGGCCUCCUAAUACGGCAUUUAGGCAGCAAAGACUGAAAGCUUGGCAGCCAAUAUUGACACCACAGAGCGUUCUACCAAUACUGAUAUUUUUUGCAUGUAUAUUUACACCAAUUGGCAUAGGUAUUCUAGUGAGUGGUAACAAUGUACAACAUAUUACAAUUGAUUACAGUCACUGUUCUUCGUUGGCAAGAGGAAGUUACGCAGACAUUCCAUCUACAUAUGUUGGACAUCAUUUCAAGAAGGCUACAAGCACUAAACCAAGCUGGAAGCUUUCAGAAGACACUAACGGUACCAUGACGUGUGAUCUAAAGUUUGAAAUACCGAAUGAAAUUAAAGAUAGCGUCUACGUGUAUUAUAAAUUGACCAAUUUUUAUCAAAAUCACAGAAAAUAUAUGGAAUCCUUCGAUUUGAAACAAUUAAGAGGCAAAGCUCCAAAGCUAGAAGAAGUUACUACAGAUUGCAAGCCAUUGAGGAGUAUUGAUGACAAAGUCAUAUACCCAUGUGGUUUAAUAGCAAACUCGAUGUUCAAUGAUACUUUCGAUAAAACGUUGGUUGGUGCAGACGAUGAUACUUCGGACUUUGUGUUAACAAACAAAAAGAUAUCAUGGAGUAUAGAUCGUCAUCGUUUCAAGAAGACGACGUAUCCUGUAUCAGAUAUUAUACCUCCACCAAAUUGGGCAAAACAGUUCCCAGAAGGCUAUACUGAAGACAAUCUACCUGAUUUACAUACUUGGGAGGAAUUUCAAGUUUGGAUGAGACCUUCACCAUUUCCAAAAUUUUAUAAGUUGGCAUUAAAGAAUGAGACGACACAUCUUCCUAAAGGUAACUACGUGAUGAGCAUUGGUUUGAAUUACCCAAUCUCAUAUUUCGGUGGCUCAAAAUCAUUCGUUUUAACAACAAAUGGGGUUGCGGGUACUCAAAAUUUGCCUCUGGGUGUCUUUUAUUUAAUCGUUGCAGGAUUGUGUGCUCUUUUUUCCAUUCUUUUCUUAGUAAAAGUAGUAUUUCAGCCAAGAGCUCUGGGUGAUAAUACCUAUUUGAAUUUUGAAUCUGGAGAUAGAAACGCAGGAAUAGAUCAAGAAAUGUAUGAGGGAACUGAACAACUGAGAGAAAUAUUAUAA